AUGGCAGGCCAAUCGAACAAUUUUAGCGAGACGAGCGUGUCAGGAGGGUUCAACCUGCAGGGGAACCAAUUCAACGGAGACGUCAACAUUGGAGGGCCAUUCCACAAUGAUACCGACGACUCGUGCCUUCGUCUUUUGAAGAUUGUCAGCCCCGAAGACGAAAAGACACGAAUCCUCGCAGUCAAGGACGAACUGUUGAAGGCAUCGUAUUCCUGGAUACUUGAGGAUGAAACAUUCCGGUCCUGGCGAAAUGGAGAUACGAAUCACUUGCUCUGGAUCAAGGGUGGCCCUGGAAAAGGAAAAACAAUGAUAAUGGCUGGCCUUGUUAACAUCCUUUCCGAAGAAGCAAGGAACUCGGAGGGCGCUGUCGCACUAUCUUACUUCUUCUGUCAGAACUCAGAAAGUGAACUUCGCAAUGUCACCUCAAUCGUGAAAGGCCUCAUUUACAUGCUGGCCCUCCGAGAAAGGAGCCUUCGUCGCCAUCUGAGAAAGAAGUACGAAGCAGGCGGAGAAGAAGUUUUUACAGGACCAAGAGCUCUUUAUACCCUAUGGAACGUGCUGGAAGACAUGUUGAGAGAUCUUCAUGGUGCAACAGUCUAUCUUCUAGUAGACGGAUUGGACGAAUGCGAUGAUCCAGAGUUCGACAACUUCCUGCGCCUGCUGAGCCAAUGCAACCUUACCACGCCGGGAAAAGUCAAGUGGCUCGUCACGAGCCGACCGCUUCAACGAAUCGAAGACAUCAUCAGGCCAGACCAGAAUAGGUCUAGGAUAACCCUCGAGAUCGAAGCCCAGCACGUGUCCCAAGGCGUCGAAGCCUUCAUCGGUGAGAAGGUCAAUCUUCUGAAGCUGAAAAAGAAGUGGACUGAGGAAACGACCCAAAUCGUCCACUCUUAUCUCCAAAGGAAUGCUGAAGGGACUUUCCUUUGGGUUGUUCUCGUUUGUCAGAGACUUCAGAGAUUCCCUUCAUGGAAGGUCCAGGACGAGCUUACAAAGCUCACAAGUCUUCAGCGAGGUCUGGACUCGUUCUACGAGAGGAUGAUGCAGGUUGUUCGAGACGAGAUUCCGGAGUACGCAGACUUGUGCAUGAAGAUCCUCCGAACAACGACUCUUGCCUACCGUCCACUUCGCCUACGAGAACUGGGAACCGUAGUCACUUUGCCUCAUGAGCUUCAAAGCGACGACUCACCAAACUUUGAUGCUUUGAGGGACUUGAUUGAGCGAUGCGGGUCGUUCAUACUCGUGCACGAGGACACCAUCUAUUUUGUUCACCAGUCCGCAAAGGACUAUUUGCUUGGGGAAAGUGGCUCCACAAAUUUCCCCCUCGAUCGGUUACGAGAACACACUUCAAUUGCAGAAAGAUCCGACAUCUCUUAA